GUGCUUGUCGCGGCUUCCGGUGGCUAGUCGGCUAGCUCGGAAGGCUCUUGUAGAACCGGUCCAGAUGGCGAACCGGACCGUGAAGGACGCGAACAGCAUCCACGGGACGAACCGCAGUACCUGGGGAGAAGAUCAUCCGGACCCGGAUCUACGAGUCCAAGUACUGGAAGGAGGAGUGCUUCGGUCUGACAGCGGAGCUGGUGGUGGACAAGGCCAUGGACCUGCGCUUCGUGGGCGGGGUCUACGGGGGAACAUCAAGCCCACGCCGUUCUGCCUCACCCCUGAAGAUGCUGCAGAUCCGCCGGAAGGACAUCAUCGUGGAGUUCAUCAAGAACGAGACUUCAAGUACGUGCGCUGCUGGGGGCCACCCUACAUGAGGCUGACGGGGACCGCCGUGGACUGCUACAAGUACCUGGAGCCGCUCUACAACGACUACCGCAAGAUCAAGAGCCAGAAACCGCAACGGGGAGUUCGAGCUGACCCCGUGGACGACGUUUCAUCGACGAGCUGCUCCACGCCGAGCGGGUCUGUGAUGUCAUCCUGCCGCGCACUGCAGAAGAGGCAGGUUCUAGAGGAGGCGGAGCUUCUGGAGCCCCGGGUCAGCGCCCUGGGAAGACCUGGACGAGGUGGAGACGAGCGAGGACGAAGACGAGGACGACAAGGUGGAACGUCUCCAGACACGGAGCCGCACAGGCGUGGUUACCGUGACAAUGACCGCCCCCCCCCCCCGCCCGUCCCCGUUCCCCUGCCGCGGUACCGCCGGAGCCGCUCCCCACGCAGGAGGAGCCGCUCACCAGAGGCGCAGUCCGUCGCCCCGUCGAGAACGUCACCGCAGCAAGAGUCCACGGCGCCACCGCAGCAGGUCGCGAGACCGCCGCCACCGCUCCAAGUCCCCAGGUCAUCAUCGGAGUCACCGGCACCGCAGCCACUCCAAGUCCCCCGACAGGAAGAAGAGCCACAAGAAGAACCGAAGAGGGAACGAAUGAGAACGGCGUUCCUCUGUUCCUGCCCCGAGCGUCCUGUCCAGUUUCUGUUAGCAUCGUUUCAUGUUCCACAUGUUCUGCCAAUAAAGCUUCCUUUUUCAACUCUGACCAAGCCUGAUUGUUAGCAGCUUAUGCUAACACGUAACGACUUAGCUGCCAAA